AUUAUAGAUCAGCACGGCUGCAUCUCCCGAGCGGAACGCAGGCGCACGCAGCGCUGCGAUCACAGGACGAGCGCACUUUCACCGCCGGUAUCAAGUCACUUGGAGCUCCAGCAGCUGCGGGGAGAAGGAUAUCCAUUGAUGAUAUUCUCUUGACAGAAGUAAAAAAAUAAAAAUGGCUGAGGACAUUAAGGCCAAACUUCGGAACUACCGUACAGCUCCCUUUGAUACCAGAUUCCCCAACACGAACCAGACCAGGAACUGCUGGUCCAACUACCUGGACUUCCAUCGCUGCCAGAAAGCUCUCAAUGCUAAAGGAGUGAAGAAUGCCCCUUGUGAUUGGUACAAGAGGGUCUACAAAUCUCUCUGCCCCAUCGCCUGGGUCCAGAAAUGGGAUGACCAGAGAGGAGAGGGAAACUUUCCAGGAAAAAUCUGAGUCUGCCAUCACUAAAGCGAUGUGUCUGUAAAGAUGUAAUCUGUUCAGCUAAAUGUUUGUAAAGGUGGUGCUCCGCCAUCACUUCUCCACUACUAACGCUGUGCCACAGGAGCACACUGAAACUGGUCAUUCCUUACAAAUACCAUGAAAUAUACAGCUGAUUCUGCAUUAAAAAGUCUCAGGAUAUA